CCGUAGCCCAAAACAAUAUCCUUUUAUGGAACGCCACCGGUCUCAUUAGCUGAGAAAUUGCGUUGUCGUCACAUUUCAUAAACCCUAAACCCUCAAAAAUAAAAUAAAUCCCCCCAUCAUCAAAUCAAUAAUCCCAUUCCCCUGUAAUGGCUUUCUCAAGAUCAGCACUCAUCUCCAGGCUUCUCCGCUUGAACCACCCUCGCCCCGCCGUUAUCUCUGCCCGCUCUUUCCAUGCCACCACGUCCACGCUCAGCGCUCCACCCAAAGAUGACCCAGCCGAUUCCACUCAAAGCCUCGAGCAAAACGAAGAUAUGGAAACUCUUGCAGAGAAAGCUUCAAGAAUGAUCAGUGAUAUGAAGGAGAAAAUAAAGUCCAUCAAUCCAGAUUUUCAAUUUCCGAAUUUUGAUAAUCGUGAAGACUUUGAAGGCCUAACGAAGACAGCACAUCGGAUGGUCAGUGAUAUGAGAAAGAAAAUAAAGGCUGAUCAUCCAGAAGUUAGCCCAAAAUUUUGGGAGGUGCUUUACUGGCAUCCCUUUCAAGAUGAAGGAAAUCAACUUCCAUAUGACGUGAAAGUGGAAGAUGAUUGCUGGUAUGGGAGGGUUGACAUGCCUGGAAUUGGAAGCAAAGGAGUGAGGGUGUGGUUUGAAAACAACACUUUGCAUUUCAAAGGUGAAGAGAAAGAUAAGGGUCCGUUUCAUGGUGCUAGAAACUAUUCAGGCAAAUUUAAUAUCCCUGCUAGUGAGUAUCAGAUUGAUAAGAUUAGUGCUGUUAUGAAUGACGGGGUGCUUAACAUUGUCAUUCCCAAGAUCGAUGGUGCUUUAUAAUUCGUACUCUAUUUUUUUUCUUAGUAGUUGGUUGUGAAUGAUUUGAAGUUGGUCAUAGUUUAGAAGACCCUAGUGAUUUCUGUAUGUUUUAGCAAUGCUUUCUUUCAUGUAACUAUAUAGGCAGAUGCUUUUGAAUGAGUGAUUUUUUUCUUUUCA